AUGAAUUUGCUUAAAAUAUUAGAUGGUACUCCCGAGCCAUCCAUUAUAGACUUGGAUUUAGGUGAAAUAAACUAUAGUGGAGAUUAUGAGUUACCAACACCAAUGUAUGAGUUUCAAAAGGAAUUAACCGACCAGAUUGUAUCGUUACAUUAUCCUGAUAUCUUGAAAUAUUGUGAAGCGAACGACACACGAGAUCUCAUUGUAAAAUCUUUAGAGAUCUGUAUUGAGAAUUGUAUGUUGGUUUGUACUCACCCAUAUUUAUUGAUUAACCACUACAUGCCCAAGAACCUUUCCAUGAAAGAAAUGCCCAAUAAACUUGCUGAAACUAGUGGGAAGUUCAAUGUUCUUCGAGAUUUAAUGAAUGUGAUAAUACUGAACACAAAACAGAGACCAAAACAUAUUGGUAUUGUUAUGAACAACAAUGGGAAAUUUUUCGAUUUAGUGGAAGCACUUUUGUUAGGGUGUAAUGGGAAUAAGAUUGUGAAAAGAUAUGUGGGUAAUAACGUACAACGAGAAUCGAAAAAGGCAAGCAGAAAUAGCGGUACACCAAUGGAUAUGUCUGGUUCACCAACUACAAUACAUUUAUUGCCAGGCGAUGGUAAGAUACAACGAGACCAAGAUAGACUUGGCCUCGUCAAAUUUGACGCAUUGAUUGUGUUUGAUGGAUACGUUGACACUGAUAGUGAGUUUUUCCAACAAAUAAGAACUCAAAACCGCCGUGGUGAAUGUAUUAUUGUAAGGUUGGUUCCAAUGAAAACAAUUGAGCAUUGUAAAUUGUAUUACAAAAACAAUGCCGGUGAUGAUGAUUAUAUUUACAAAUUAAUAUCAUCAAUUGUAUGUCUUCGAGAUCAUAUAGGAACGUUACAACCGGAUGUUUUUCCCAUAUAUAACCAAAAACUUACAUAUCUUUCUCAUAAGUUUUUUGAUGAUGUUUUCAAAUCCAGUGCUAGGAUUGCAGAUUUUCCCGCUUGGCCAUUACCAGCAUUACCAAGAAUCCCUAAAUUCAAUGCUAUAGAUGUUGAGAGAUCACUUUUGACCGAAGUUCAUUUUCAUUAUACUCCCUAUGAUUCUACCGAGUUUAUAAAUGAGGAUCCCGAAAAGCCAAGGACUGGUUCGAGACCUAGUUUUUAUGAAACACGAAGAUUAGAAUCAGCUUAUAUUACUAAUCCUUUAAAGAAUUCAUUCACACAAUUGUCGGGAAUAUACGCUGGUACUGGAGAAGAACAUGCAAGUGCUACCAAUACUAGUAUUCUCACACACAAAUUGAUCCUUCAAAUGAACGAAGCGUUUUUAUCACUAGAUAGAGCAGAAGAAGAAGUUCAAAGCUAUGAGAAAUAUAACGAGGAAGAAAACCAAGAACGGAAAAUUGGACGUCGAGAACGGGAAAUGAGAAUUACUGUUUCCAAAAUUUUUAACGAUGUUGAUCAUGCCCAAUCUAGAAUUAAUAGUGCCAGUAAAUGGACAAUCAAGAAAGCCGAACAAGCGGAAAGUGUCAAAGAUGAAAUUAGAGUAGCUGAUGAAAAGAUAUCCAAUUUCAUUACUGAUAAUAAGAUAGAUAAUGAGCAAACUCGACAAUACAUUCAAAAUCAACUUGAAAUUUGGGAUUUACAAACCAAAGUCAAAACUCUUAUAGCUAAGAUUCAGUCCAAGAAUGAAGAAAAGAAUUUUAUAUCAAAUGAAUAUCAACAAUGUCUAGAAUCAAUCAAGAACUCCGAAACAGAAAUAGAGAAUCAAAAGACCAAAAUUCAGGAUUCAAAGAGAAAGUAUUCUGAAUUACUUGAAGCUGAGGAACACGAAAUGGAAAAUUUCCAUGCAAAGAAGAAAGAUUUAAUUAAUCAAAUUAAAGAAGAGAGGCUUCAGAAUGAAUCUUUGAAAUUCAAAUUAAAUAAUGCAUUUAAAUUUCUCAAGGAUACCUCUCACUUGAAGAAACGCAAGGGUAGAGGUUCAACACCUAUCAAAUGAAUUCAUAUAUAUAUAUUUAUAUGCAUUUAUAACAGAUAAAUAGGCAUUUCUGAAUUAACAGCAUCUAAUAUUAAUACAUUAUUUAUUGGACUCUCCUUUUUACUCAAAAAUUGAAUGAUAUCUUGAGCAAGAGCACCACCAAUAACUGCUGCCACCGGAGCAAACUCGGCAAAUGCUUGUCUGCUGAAUACGUCUAGAUAGUCAGGAGUAACUGUUUCAGCAGGAAUAUUGAGCAAGUUACAAAUUUCAAUUGCUUUCACUCUCAAGACCUCGACAUCAAUCACAGUAUCGGGAUCAUUAGGUCUAGUAAUAUCAAAUAAGGCAAAUAUCAAAGGCACAACUCCUGAUAAUCUCUUCAAUUGCCUCUUGUUUAAUUGUUUAGGAAGUUCCUGAGAUUUGAAAAUUUCUUUAAGUGGAGAGAAUACAUCUCUGAUAGUUACUAUUUCAUCAUUGGAUUUCUCCUUGGAUUCAACAUUAGUUAUUGUUUUGUUUCUCGAAAGUUCAGUUCCAACUACUCUUGGUUGAUUUCCUGCCUCCUUUACUGAAACAGAAGUAUGUUCUAUGAGAUCUGUUAAAAUAUAGCCAAACAUUCCAUGCAUUCCUGAAACAUAAAGUGGAAUGUUUAAUUCUCGUGUAAUAUCAUUAAGUUUCAAUAUCAUUUGUUUAUCUAAUUCCGUAGCAAUCACUAAAUCAAAAGCUUUAACGUAUUGCUUAUUCGCUAUAAGAGAAUCCAAUGAUUCUGUAUUGAUUGAAAGAUUUACUCUAUUAUUCAAUUCUCUAAUUCUAUCCACAACAAGUGGCAAUUUUGUUUGACCAACUACCAGGUCAUCAUUAGGAAGGAAAAAUUGUCCAGCAAAGUCUUCUGGUUUUACCACUGAAUCAUCCAAUAUUUCAAUAGUGUUUAAUCCACCCAAUACUAAAUUCUUGACUAUUUCGGUUCCCACAGCUCCUAAGUUUAUAAUUAGAAUUUUUGAAGAUCGUAAACGCAAUUGGGUUGCCAUUCCCCAAAGUCGAAUUUGACGGUCAUAAAGGGCAAUUUCCUCUAUUAAAGAAUGUUAGUUUUGUCAUUGAAGGAUACAACAGUGAU